GAUUACUCUGGGUCAAUUAUUCUGGAUGUUCUGGUCCAACCCACGGAAGAAGUCAUAGACUAUCUUACAGAAGGCACAGGCUUUCUGCCUUCGCACUUUCUUCAUGACGACCCGAUUUUUUUAGACGAUGUCUUGGAAUUCCAGGAUGUCCGUCAAAGGGUGCAGGAUACCAUUCAUGGUCAAAAUCUAGUCGGCUAUGAGCUUUGGAUCCAUCUCCAGUCCCUCCAGCUAAGGCAUCCCGCUAACAAGACUCGAGAUGUUGCGACGUACCUACCUUUACUAGAGGGACUGAUUCCAGGGGAGGACAAUUUCAAGGAAAUGGUACGACAAUUUCUCGGCCGAGACAUUCAUGAGCGUAUUGAGACUGCUACGGAGGAUUCUUUCGCUGCUAUGGCGCUGUUCAAGUUAUGCGAAACCGAUUGGGAGGCGUCGAUUACAAAUAACGUUUGGCCCUGCAUUCUUCCUCCGCCAGAAUACCUCCAAUGGUACACUUAA